AAUAAUUCUAUGCACUAAACGACUGAACGAAACCUAAGCGCACCAAUCAGAAGACGGUUAACAUGUUCAAUAUCCAAUCAGCGCCUUCUUGCUUGGCCAAUCGUGAAGAUGGAGGCGGGAUCUGUCGGAAUACGGUUAGGGUAAAAAGAAAUCAUGCUAGUUGUUAGUACUUCCGCUUGUACAGUUCCGGCAAUGCUUUCCUGAAGGUUUUUUAAAAAUAUUGAGCAAAAAUGUCUACUGAUCUUGUCCAAGAGGAGCGAGCUACUAAAGAAGAACUAAAUAAACAGAUCAAGGAGCAGAAGAUUGUGAUUGAUGAACUGUCAAAUCUGAAGAAAAACAGGAAAGUCUUCGUCCAGCAGCCGAACAGCAACAUCUUUUUUCUCGCAGAUAAAGGAGAGACGUUAAGCAUGUGCAAGCAGGAUCUGGACAGAAUGAAGAAAGACUACCAGGACAUGUAGGACCUCUGUGUGUGUGUGUGUGUGUGUGUGUGUAAAAUGUGUGGGAUCUGCUGUGUCGUGAGUUUGUCUUUGUCUCGCUGUUCACUUCACGAUCAUGUCU